UCGUACCUCGCUGUGAUUGGCUGUAGCUGAUGCUUCCUGAGACUCUAAGUCCCGCCCCACCGCCGCUCCGCUACACCCUUGUUCGGACAAACCCGCCGACCCUCCCUGAGCUCAUCGCUUCCCGGACCGACAGACGACCGGAACUCGGUGCUCCUCACCCGGACGGCAGCCAGGAACCACGGCCGGCACACGUGUGGCUGGUGGACGUCUGGAGUCCUGCAGGACCAACCCGGCCCAGAGUCUGGAUCACGCGCCGAGUCCCUCCCUCCUGACCCAGGAUCAGGCUCCAGCUCCAUCCUAAUCCCCCAAAGAGCAUUAGCAGGCUAAGUUUGGUCCUGGACGGCGCCGGGCGGUCAGAACGGACGUCACCAUGAUGCAGAUAUCGGACUCCUACAACCAGAAGAACUCGCUCUUCACCGCCAUGAGCCGCUUCAUUGGCGCCGUCAACAACAUGGACCAGACGGUGAUGGUGCCCAGCCUGCUGCGGGACGUCCCCCUGGAGGACGGCGAGGAUCUGAAGGUCCCAGAGUCCGCCCCGUCCACCAACGGCUACUUCCAGCCGGACGGAGACAUGUACAGCUCCUACGUCCUGCUCAAGUCCAUCCGGAACGACAUGGAGUGGGGCGUCCUGGGCGACGAGCCGCCCAAGGCCGAGGCCGAGGCGAAGCGCAGCGAGGCUGAGGACGACGACGACCUGGAGAAACAGUUCCACUUCCACCUGAACGGACUCCAGGCGGUUCUGUCCAAGCUCACGCUAAAGGCUAACACGCUAACGAACCGCUACAAAGAGGAGAUCGGCUGCAGGAACUGACCCGGCCCGGGCACUCCGCUUAGCUCAUUAGCUACAAAAAUUAACACCCCCACAUUAAAACCCCAGAUUAUUGACGACCUUUGACCUCUGAUGUUUCUGUUUAAGGUUAAAUGCGGAAAAACGAGACUUUGCUGCUUCACUUCCUGCUAAAUUUGCCUUCAUGUCUGAACAAGUGUCCUUAAACACACCAUCAGCUUCCAAUUCCUCCAACCAGAUCAAACCGGUUAGUCUAACAGUUUUUGUAGCUAAUGAGCUCAAGCUAACCCUACCUGUGUGAUAGUUGGGGUUAAAGGUCAUCACACAGUGGAGACUGCCGUUUCCUCUCUGUUUGCUGCACUUUUCCAGUGUCUGUCCUCUGCGUCCGUCUGUCCUCAUGUCUUUCAUUUCAUGCUGCGGACUCAAACUAUGCAACGAAGCGACUGAAACGCACAAACGUCUCUAAAUAACCGUCAUCACCAGGAGCCUCCAGAACCUCCAGAACCUGAAUCUGGACCGGUCUGAUGGACUCAGUUUGUUGGAUGAAGUUGUUUGUUUUGAACAGGAACUCAACUCAUUUCCAGACUGAUUCAUGAUGUUUGGAUCAGGCGAUCAGAACCUGUAGAACCAACAGAAAUUAUUUAACGAAGCAUUUCUUAACCAGAGGUUUGAUGUUUGCUUCUCAGCUCUGGAUGGUUUUUAUUUAAUGUUCAGCUUGGUAAUAAAAUGUUCUGAUGAA